UUUAAAUUUUUCGUAAAGUUCCUUUGAUUUCUUGUCUUUCAAAUCUAGUAUUUAUAUCAUAAAAAAAUAUAUAUAUGAAAAUGGACGGCGAGACCAUAACUUUAAAAAGAAAUUUAACUGAAUGGAGAUUUAGUCAAUAUCCUAAAUAUAUAUUAUUGCCUAUAGAUGAAAACCAUGAUCAAGUUAAAUCGAACAUCAAAAAUGUUGUAUUUUCCGAGGUGACACCACGCCCUCUAGAGCGUAAUAUUAGACUGGUAUGCGCGUCGGAAGACGCCCUGAAGAAUAUUCUGGACAUGGAUCCAGAUAUAGUGAAUCGGGAGGAAUUUACUGAAUUUGUCGCCGGCAAAAAACUGCCGUAUGGAGCUUUGCCUGUUGCACACAGGUAUGGCGGUCAUCAAUACGGAUCCUGGGUGGGACAAUUAGGAGACGGGAGAGCACAUAUUCUUGGGGAAUACGUUAAUAGACGAGGAGAGAGAUGGCAGAUCCAGCUAAAAGGUUCUGGUCAGACCCCAUACGCCCGGGUCCACGACGGACGAGCGGUGCUUCGCUCAGUCAUCAGGGAGAUGGUUGCCUGCGAAGCGUGCCACUCUCUUGGCAUACCCACUAUUAGAGCUGCCGGAGUAGUUGUUAGCGACGAAGCCGUGAUCCGUGAUAUUUAUUACAACGGUAACCCGCGGCGGGAGCGAGCGGCGGUGUUACUCCGGCUGGCGCCCAGUUGGUUUCGCUUUGGCUCCUUGGAAAUACUUUCGAAGAGUGGAGAGUUGACAGUCUUGAGACAGCUCGUCGAUUUCAUCAUUAAGGAAUACUUUCCAGAUAUUCAGUUAACGGACGAAAAUCGCGUUAUCCGUUUGUUUUCCGAGAUCGCACACAGAACUUUAGAUCUUGUCGCUAAAUGGCAAGGUUUAGGUUUUACACAUGGCCUCCUAAAUACUGAUAAUAUGAGCUUGCUCGGCCUGACAUUAGAUUAUGGCCCAUUUGGUUUCGUUGACUCGUACGAUGCUGGCUAUGUGGCCAACUGUUCGGAUGGUGAAGGAAGAUACGCGUUGGGAAAACAGCCUGAUGUGGUUGUAUGGAAUGUGGGUCAACUAGCUAUUGCUUUGAAACCUCUACUGACCUUAUCCCAGCAGGUUCACAUGUCAUACAUAUUGAAGACUUUGGAUACUUAUUGCAAGAAUAAAAUUUUGGAAACCUUUUUGAUGAAAAUCGGUUUGAAAGAAGAGCGCUGGGGAGACGAGCAAUUGGUGGAGAAAUUACUUGACAUGAUGCAGCGAACGGGAGCCGACUUCACGUUUACCUUUAGACAACUAGCCGAAUUAAAACCAAGCGAGAUGGUGUGCGAGGAUAUACUAGAAGACAAAUGGUCACUAAAACGUUUAUCAUCUCACGCCUCUUGGAGCUGUUGGCUUGAACAGUAUCGAGAGAGACUUGAUAAGGAAGCUGUGAAUGCCAGUUCAGCCAGUUUGUUCGAGGACGAGCGUCGCCGGCGCAUGUUAAGUGUGAAUCCAGUAUAUAUACCACGCAAUUGGCUAUUGCAGGAGGCUAUAGUUGAUGCAGAAAAAGACGAUUUUCAAAAGGUGAAAUUCCUGUUAGAAGUCAUGAGGAAUCCUUACGAAGUGCAACCAGAGGCGGAAAGACGCGGAUUCUCUGCCCAGCCUCCCCAGUGGGCCUAUGCUUUGAAGAUUAGUUGUUCUACCUAAAUGCAUCUGUAGAAUCCUUAAUUAUUUUAAUAAAUUAUAUUCGCAA